GCCGGAGCGGGAUGGGGUCGCACGGCUCGCACCUGGCCCAGGUCCCGGACCUGGACGCCAUCGGCCGGGAGACGGGCUUCUCUCAGGCCAAUCUCUCCCGGCUGCAUCACCGGUUUCGGGCCCUGGACAAGGAUAGCAAGGGUUACCUGAGCCGCCAGGACCUGCAGAGUAUCGGCAAGUUGGCGGUCAACCCCCUGGGAGACCGCAUCGUCAGUAGCUUCUUCCCCGCGGGGGAGGAGAGAGUGGAUUUCCGUGGGUUCGUUCGGGUCCUGGCUCAUUUUCGGCCCUUGGAGGACGAUGGAGGCCCCCAGACUUUGGAGAACCCUGAACCUCUCAACAGCCGAGACAACAAACUGCGCUUUGCUUUCCAACUCUACGACCAGGACCGGGACGGGAAGAUUUCUCGAGAAGAGAUGCUCCAGGUGCUGCGAAUGAUGGUCGGGGUGCAGGUGACGGAGGAGCAGCUGGAAAGCAUCGCUGAACGGACGGUCCAGGAGGCCGACACGGACGGCGACGGAGCCAUCUCCUUCGAGGAAUUCGCCAAGUCCCUGGAGACGCUGAACGUGGAGCACAGGAUGAGUCUCCGCAUCUUGAAGUGAUCGGGCUCCGCCCCCAGGCCAACCUGCCGAAGGUUCGACCAAUCUCAGCCGGUUUGGGGGGUGGGGAGGAGGGCCCGGGCGUCCAAUAAACCGUGCGCCCGAAAAA